CUGUGAAUCAUGGUUUAUCUUUUAUCAGAUACCCAUGCCAUCUACUGAUAAGAUUUGUAGAGAUGUUUAAUAAAAUGUAACAGUUGGAUGAUCUCAUUGUAUGUUCAACUAGUCACUCAGUUUGUUGGUUUCAUUUGAAAGUGGAGUUUGUGUAGGUAUGUUUGUGUGGUAUUUACCUACUUGUUUACCGCCAUGUAACAUGUACAUAAGUAAUACGUUUGUAUGGAACGGCAAAAAGAAACUAAAUUGUGAAAUAACAUGCCUACAUGAAAAACUUUGUAAAGAUCCCAGGUUCACGACGGCAUGUUAUAAUUUUUCACAUCAGGAUUGUUCACGAUCCCGGAGUACCCGGAACUGGAGGCGAGUCGCGGCAUGUGGUCUGCGGCCCUCGAAGCUAUCCUCACGACCCUGCGGUACCUCGCGCCGGCGACGCUACUCACACUCUUCUGGGGCCAGGAGAGUUUUCUGUUCAGACUGCUGAAGAGCAUCGAUAACGCUUUCAGAGCAAUCGUAUUCUCCAGCGAAGAGCAGAAGGAAGACGUACUACAAUGGCUGGCCGAAGCGGGACCCGUGCGGGUGGAACACCUAGACACAGUGUGGCGGCACGGCUGGAUCCUGUGCGGCGUGCUGGACGCAGCGCUCCCGGGCGCGUGCGCCGGACACCCGCCCACCAGGCUCUCCCUCAAGCACGCGCAGACUAUCGCUGACCACUACCUUGGCGUUGAGCCGGUCUUCUCCCGCCAGGAGCUGGAAUCGAAUGACUCGCUUAGCAAGCAUCAAGAAUGGAAACUCGCCACAUACUUAGAUCGUGUACGCCAAGCCCUCGCCAAGGUUUCGCCUCCCGUGUCCAAGCCGCCAUCGCAACGAACUUCUCCUGAAACCUCGCAAUUCACCCUCGAUUACGUCGCUCGAGGCUCUGGUCUCGUAGCAACUCAAGUUCGAAACAAAGUUAACUUUAAGAUUUAUCCAACUGCUCAACAAUGCCUCGAUCCAGGAGAAAUCAAAAUACUUAUUAAAGGUCCACGAGACACGUAUGGCAUGACAGUCAUUCCUCCUAUCUUCGGAAAAGCACAGUUGAUACGGCAAAAAUUACUGGGUCUUCAAGCAAAGCCUGCCUUCACGGAAAAUGCUCUACCAAUUACACACGGAGCUACCUACAUGCGAUCUUAUGGAAAAAAUGAUAUGAAUAAAACUUAUUUUAUUCCCAAAGAUCGUUAUGAUAUUGAAAUUAAUGUGGACUCAAAGCCAGAACAUUCUAAGAUUGGUUACAUUGUAAGAUACGAGGGUCGUCAUGAAAUCUCUAUCACAAGUAGAGGACAACAUAUUGUAGGAUCACCGUUUACAGUCACAGCUUCUCACAAUAUUAUCGAUAUUCUACAAAAAGAGAGUUUCUGCUUAGAAGAUGGAGAAGAAAUAGACAUUGUUGAUGUUAAAACUGAUAGAAAAGUUGUUUUACGUAUUGUCGACUUUGUCACUGAGAAAAUGCUACUAAAAGAAAAUGGAACACUGGAAAAAAUAAGUGAUGAUGAAGCCAAAAUUUUGAUGGCAACUGACGAAAAUCAAAACAGUGAUGAAAGCAUGGGCUCUCAGUCUGAUAGGAGCCUAUUGGAAAGUCAUGAAGAACCAUUAAGGCCCCACAGAUUUAACACUACCGCCCAAAAAAUAUUAAAAAUGAACAGAAUUUGUAAGAUAUUCAAUAGUAUUAUGGCAGAAAAACAAGAAAUAAUAAAAAGCAGCAGCGAAUCAUUUAUCAAAAAGGGUCAUCCACAAGAUGUUCCAGAUAUUGUUAAUUCAACAUUAAAUGAGAUCAAUACAAAAAAUUAUGUUGCGGACAAACGUGACACAUUUAUCAUACCAGAAAAUAUAUCUGUGUCACUGCGAACUGAAAAACCUAAACCUUUAUAUGAACAAGUAAUUUUUAAAGAGGAUAGACAAUGUUAUGAACCUAACGAGAUGCCUAUACUUGUAAAUGAUCGUGAAGGCCAGGAAUUCAUAAUUAGUGGAAAGACGCACGAUGAUAAUGUAUCUGUUGUUUCAUCAUCAAGCAAUCCUUUCCUCGAUAAGACAUACGAACAAGGUUAUGAAACAGAAAAGGCCUUAGGCGCCUUUAUAAAUACAGAAUAUGAAACAAACAGAUCUCAAAGUGAAGUAACUGCUGCAGCACCAAUAAACAUAUUUGUAGAAGAAACCGAUUCUGACACGCCAUCGCCACUAAACACGAAUCCGUUUAUAGAGCCCGAUAUUAUAGAAAGACCUAAAACUCCAGUUUUAAAAAUUUUAACCGGUGACAUUGCAAGUCAUAAGGACUCCAUUUAUGUGAACGGCGGACCAAUGACUAGCGAAUUACUACAAGGCAAUGAGUUUAUUAACCCUUUCUUUAUUCACCAUCAUUCUAUCGAUGAGGAAGAUGAUAUACCUAGUAACGUAACCGACUUCAUUAUUGGUGCCCCUGUAUCUUUACCUCCCACUUUAAGAGUACCGACUCCAGAACCGAUAUUAGCUCAAAUCGCUUCUGAAAGACAAGAAGUUCAAGAAUGUGUGAAUGAAGUUUUUUCGACCUCUACCCACACUAAUAAAUCUGGUCAGCGUUCCCCAGAAUCGUUAACUUUUCAUAGUCUCGACUCCGAUGCUACAGAAAAUGUAGAAAUUAUUAACAUAACCACCGGAGAAUAUACACCAGAACCAAACACUGAAUCGUCCAAUAUUGCCAAAAGCUUAACUCCUAAAAGAGAUAUGUGGGAUUCAGCAUAUGUAAGUAUAGACGACAGUAACAGUUCCCCUGACACAAACAACAACGAAAGCAGUCUAUUGUGUGAUAUAUCGAAAUACAGAAAAGAUCGUACUGAACACAGUGGUCUUAAAUCUGAAGAAAUUAUCAAAAUGGGUCCCGCUGAAAGAGAAUUGUGGCUUACUUGUAGUGACUUAAAUGUUGAUGAUAGUUCUAGGAUUGAAGAACAUAGACCAGCUAAAUCAGAAACGAAACGAAUGACGUUCACACCAAUCAUCGAAGAAAAUGACCGAAGCAUCUCGUCAGCUAUGAAAGAAAUAUCAAGAAAUGAUUCAAUAACUAAACAGGGUGGUCUAGAAACAGUUACAGUGGCGUUUGCUGAACUAAACGACAUGUAUCAUAAAUACUUCCCAAGUUCAGAUUCUAUAACAACAGUUCAUAACGAAAAUGUGAAAGAUAUCAAUGAGAUACAUUACACGGUCGAAAAAAAUGAUAUUUAUGUCGAUUCCGCGUCUGAAAGACUCUCAGAUGUGAAAAGACGUGCAACUCAAAUAGAAGGCGAGAUUUCUGAGGUUCAGUCAAAUGUCACUGAAUCUGUUUCAGCAAGUCAGACCCUUCAAAAUAAGAUUAUUGAAUCUGAAGAAGAAAAGGGUGAAAUUAAAUUUGGUAGCGAGAAUAAAAAUAACAUUGUUCUCGAACGAAAAAAAUAUUGGGACAAUAGAAUACGAGAAAUUGAGGCUAAAUCAGAUGAAAUAAAGGCAAAUCAGAAAAAGAGACGGCUUUCUACUAAACAUCUCAGACAAAACGACUCUUUAACCAAAAAAAGAGGAAGAGACAUAGCUAAACAAAUACUAAGUGAUGGUAACGCCAUGACCCAAAACGUGACUGAAAUUAUAAGACAAAAGUAUCCAACUCCACAAGCUUCAAUAGAAGAAGAAACUCAAACCGAUGUAAAGCUUGUAGAGAAGUGGAAGAAAUAUUGGGACGAUAAACUAGAGGUCGAAAGAGAAGAAACAGACUCGAUUCGUUCACGAAGCAGGUCGCCAAAAAGUAUUGAUUCCCCUAUACAACUGCAACCAUGUUCUAGCAAGAACAACGAUUCAGAACAUAGUGCAAUUAAAACCCAGUCUUCACCUACUAGACAAGAUCUUCCUGAAGAAGUGUUUAAAGCUUUUGAAACAAGUCCAAAAAGGUUUUUUGGUACGUCAAGGAAACAGAUUCUGAACAAAAUUGACUCUUUUUUUGGAAAACCAGGCGUCGCAGAUCAAUCAUCGGAAGAUGCCUGCGGUGCGAAAUAUGAGAGUGGGUUAGUUUCUAGUCGAAUAUCUUUAUUCCACAAUAUAUCCCAGAAGGAGCCAGUUGAAUCCUGGAAAUACAGAAAGAGUAGAUCAAUGCAUAACAUUUAUCAUCGCAAAGAUAGUGAGAAAAGUAUAGCGUCUGCAGAUGAGGUGUUAUCAGUUGAUGUAGAAAAUAAGCGUUAUGAAUGCGAAUAUCUAAAACGAAAUAACAAUGGCAUAAACGCAAGUUGUGAAACACUAAGCAAUAUUAAUAAACCAGAGGAGACAUCCUCAUUAAAAGACAAGAGAGCAAGAAUGACACACAAAAUCUAUCACAAAACAUUUGAUGAAACAUUUAAUCAAAAGCAUGGCACAGAAAGUGUUCACGGAAAAUAUAUCAAAAAUACCAUUAUGUCCACGGACAGUAAAAUUCCAAGAAUUAAUAAUACUUCUUCAAACCUAAACAAAACUAAAAUCAGCAAGUCCGAAAUGGAUAUAUUUAGCAAAACGGCUGUGAAAGUACCACAGGAUGAUUUGGACAAACAUAAAUCUUGUGAAGAAUUGCCGAAAAUAAAUAUAAAAAAUGUUAUAUCGAUUUUUGAAUCGGCCUCCAAAGCAGUUAAAGAACCAAAACUUUUACGAAGACCUUCGACGAAGAACACCGAAGCGAAACCAUUGCAAGUAGUCAGACAACUUUCAGGUGCCACAAAACCUGUCUGCACAUCAUCGAAUUCAACGUCUACUUCAUGUUCCCCGUUGAACUCAUCUUCGUCCGGAAUUUCUUCUUCACCGUCAAACUUAUAUUCUACACCUAACUCCACUUUAUCUCAAAGCGAAUUUAAACCAAUAGAACCUCGACUCAGCCAUAAACGAUCAACUUGGGUUAAAAACCAUGAAAAAGAAAGUGCAAAUAAAAGCCUAGAAAGUGCAACAAGUAUGGAAUCCAUAGAUAUAGAGAUUAUAUCCAUGUCUGAUAAAUGCAGCCAAAGCAAUUCUGAUAUGGAAGUAGAAAUAGUUGAAAGCAAUCCAGAAAUUACUCCAGAACCAACACCUGAUAGAGAGAUAGUACCUGAACUGAAAGAUUACAAAUCUCGUUUCAAAAUGGCCAAGAAUUAUUUCAAAUCUUUGGAAGAGCUUAGAGAGCCUAAAAACCUUCAAAGCUAAAUGAAUGCGAGUUGAUGUUAUACAGCACUUCAGACGAGUCUCCAGACCAUGAGAGGCCGCAAAAAAGAGUCAAGAAAAACAUAAAAUCCCAUUCAAUGCCUUCUUCAGAAAUAUCUAAGGCUUGGGAAGAGAUGCAUGUCCAAGACAAUGCAUCGGGUAACAGCAAACUGGUUAAGAUAUCGGAGAAAUUCAAUGUAGAAGACUUAUUUAAUGACGUGAUGGAAGGUAAGCUAAGUCGUCAAGGUAGCUUAAGGGGAAUCCCACACAAAAAGGCAG